AUGUCCGAGCCAAUUCCUGAAUCAAUCCCAACCUCAGCGGAUCCACGAUCGCGACGACCCAUCAAACGCGCGCGCGGCGCCAACACCGCACUCACAUCCCAAGCCAACGAGAUUGAUAACCUCUUCCUCGACCCCAACAGACAAGUGACCAUCCCACCAGUAUCUGGCUCCACAAAGUCCAGCCUGCCCGCACCCCCCGAGAUUGUCGCAAACGUGCAGGGCUCGUCAGCUGGCGCGGGCAGUGGAGAGUUUCACGUCUACAAGGCCAGCAGGCGCAGGGAGUAUGAGAGGUUGAGGGUUAUGGAUGAGGAGGCGAAGAAAGAAGAAGACGACGAGAAGUGGGCGAGGGAGGAGCGGGAGAGGAGGGAGAGGGAUGAAGAGCGCACGCGGAAGAAGCGCGAAAAGAGAAACAAAAAGAAGAAUGGUGGGAAAGGCAAAACGAAUGGGAACGGUGUCACAGCGAAAUCUAUGAGCCUUGAUGCAGAGAAACUGAAUGGGGAUGAUGCGACGAAGAAGAAAGCACCCAAUUUGCAGGUCCCGAGAAGAGGAAGUCGAGAUGAAGACCACGGAAGUGAUUUUGGUGUUGCUGAUGUGGUCAAGGAGGUCGGCAUCACGAUUCACGACGAUGAUUGA